CUUAGCGGCAUGCCGGCAUUAAAUAAUGGAGUGACGAAAUACAGAGUACUACGUAUAUACUACUACGACCGUGCAUGCGUGUAUUUACUACAGAGUAUUUUGUUUUUCUAUUUUUCUUCUUCGGACUUGGAAUCUCUGAUGACCUGUCCGCUUUUCUGACUUUCUCUUUGUGUGUAAUUAUAUAAAAAUAAUAAUAAUUGUAAUGAAAAAUAAUAAUUCCCACCGUAUUCAAACAAAACACUCCAUCAUCAACAUAGGCAAAAAUCAAGGUACUUGUUCUUGACUCUUGAGAAGCCAAACCUGAAGCAGAAACCAAGAAAGAAAUCAGAGAACAACCCCAUUUUAAAUCUUACCCCCCAAUGUUGAGUAGAAACUUUCCCAAAAUCUCAUCUUACUCAUGAGUUGAUGAUCAAGAAUCCAGAGAUGGGUUCAUCUUCCCAAAAGCCCUUUUCCCUCAUUUCUCUACCCCUGCUACUUCUUUCCCUUCUUCACCUCAUUUCACAAUCCAACUCAGAAUCCGACUACACCAGCUUGAUUUACAAGGGCUGUGCAAAGCAGGAACUAUCAGAUCCGGGCGGGGUUUACUCACAAGCCCUCUCCACUCUGUAUGGCUCUCUCAUUGCGCAGUCCUCAAAGACCAAGUUUUUCAAAGCAGCAACUGGGAGUAACCCGAGCACAGUCACUGGGCUUUUUCAGUGCAGGGGCGAUCUGUCCAACGUUGACUGCUAUAACUGCGUGAAUAGGCUUCCAAUCCUCAUAGACAAGCUUUGCGGUCGACCCAUGGCUGCAAGAAUCCAGCUCUUUGGGUGUUACAUGCUCUAUGAGGUUUCUGGGUUCCCACAAAUCUCGGGGAUGGAGAUGCUGUACAAGACUUGCAGUAGGAAGCUGGGUCAAGGGAGUGGGUUUGAGGAGAGGAGAGACACUGCUUUCACCAAUCUAGUUGGAGGGAUGGGUAGUGCUAAUAAUGGGUUCUACACCACCAGCUAUGAAUCUGUGUAUGUGUUGGGGCAGUGUGAGGGUGAUGUGGGAAGCUCUGAUUGUGCGGACUGUGUGAAGACUGCUGUGCAGAGAGCUCAGGUUGAAUGUGGGAGCUCUAUUUCUGGCCAAAUCUUUCUCCACAAGUGCUUCAUUAGUUAUAGCUCUUAUGCUAACGGCCUCCCUAAACAAUCAUCUCCUUCUUCCUCCUCCUCCUCCUCCUCCUCCUCCUCCUCUUCAGACUCACCUCCUUCCUCAGGACAAAAUGCAGGGAAGACAGCAGCUAUAGUAGUAGGAGGGGCUGCAGGAGUGGCCUUUGUAGUCAUUUGCUUGAUGUUUGCCAGGAAUUCAAUGAAGAAACGUGACGGUAAGCUUAACAUCUGAUAGUGUUGCUAGAUCAUGUCCUGUUUCUUAUGCCAUUUCAUUUUAUCUUUUGGAGUGCUUUUUUUUUGCAGAUUAUUGAAGGGAGGAAGCUGCAUUUUUAGCAGAAACUUUUCCUGAGGUGGACCUUUCCUGUAAUUUGUUCAUUCCAUCCAAGGGAGAGUCUUGACUCCUUAUUGUGGAUCUGGAUUCGUGUUAGUAAAAAACUAUUUGAGGUUUGGGUAGUUUUUUUUUAUUUUACUUUUUUACUAGUGGUGGGGGGGGGGGGGGGGGGGGGGGGGGUAACUCCAGCUGUUAAUGAAUGUUCAAGUAAUUUUCUAUUGAUUUUUUGGAGGGUGGAGAGGGUGCAAGAAUUAAGAAAGAAUCAUUUUUUGUCAACAAUGAAAAAGAUUGGAAACAGCCCUGUUGGGUUUUUGGCCUUUCUUCCCAAUUGCCCAUGUGAAAGCCAUCUCCUUUUUUCUAUUUUCUAACAUAAUAAUGGUCUUCCUAUUAUUUCUCCAAACCUUGUGUUCAUCAAUAUGGAGAUAUAUAGGUGGACAUCAUCAGUUUGCUUAAAAUAAUCUAACAGCUUUAUUAAGUUCCACAAGGUCAUGUCUCUAUCUCUUGGCUUGUUUUCAUAUGUGCUAAUGGCAAUAUCAUUUAGCUCUAUUUCCCAUACUUUUGAGCUCUCUUUGUGACUGGUUGAUUUAGCUGUUGGACUUAUUUGCAUUAGUACAUUGUAAUGCUCUUGACAUCAGUUCUUCACUUCUUGAUUGCCUCCAAAGCAUUAUUUGUGAUGUUUCGCCAUCUUUGCUAGAUGCCUUGGUUCUGAAUUGAUUGAUUCUAAUUGAUAAAUGUAG